CCGCUUGUUUGUAUGCAUGCCCGUCGAAGAGAUGCUACUUUCUCGGCCGCAUGAGGAGGAGGUAAGUGCGGGACCAAAUACGCGCCUGUGUUCUCCAGUGAUAUCUCAGGCACUCAUGACGCGGAAGCAAUUCGACGCGUCGGGUUUGUUGUGAUCGCGCCAAGCACGGUCCGCUCAUCUUGUCACCUCUCACUACAACGAUGAACCGCCGCGGCCACCUGUCCAAGAAGGUCUCGGGCGUCAAGAUCCGGCCCAACACACGACGACACAGCGCGCUGCCGUUAGACGGGGACGAGAUUGUGCGGAGCGCGUGGGACGAGGCACACGAAGACGAGGGUGAGGAUGAUGCGCCAAUCGAGGCGGCCAACGCUAGCCGGCCGUGGAAUGGCAUCUCGAUCACGUUUACGGGCGUCGCGGACAAGCCUGAGCUGAGCAAGCAGGUUCGCGCGCUGGGCGGGAGGAUUGAGAGCGCCCUCACUGUCAGCACUACGCAUGUUGUUGCGCCGGGAUUUGGGAGCGCAAAGUACUUGUACGCAAUAGAGCACGGAAUACCAGUUCUGUCGCCUAGCUGGAUCAACGAUGCCCACCAAAGAUGGCUGAACGGAGAGACGCUCGACGUGCCCGCCAGCGUCGAGGCCCACCGUCUACAGCCCUUUAUCGGGCUCAAGAUUGCCAUAUCCGGCAUCGAGCAGAUGGACCGCCGCAAGAGAGUUAUCCAGCUGAUCAAGGAGAACGGCGGGAUAUACAGCAAAGACCUCGACCGCUCCUGCACGCACCUCGUGAGCGCGCACAACGCGCUUGACAAGAGCAAGCAGAGCGAGAAGAUCAAGUGGGCGCUCAAGGAGCAGGGCGACCGCGACGCCGGGCGGCGGCGCGGGCGGCGGUACGACGACGAAGACCAGGCGAUCGUGUACGAGGAAUGGCUGUGGGACUGCGUGGGGUAUCGCGGGCGAUGGCCUGAGAAGGACUACGACGCGCGCAAGCCCCGGGGCAAGGGCAAGGUCACGCCCGAGGAGGUGAUGGACGGCAGCGUGUACGAGCGCCUGCGUCCGCCACCGCCUGUGCCGGUCGACGAGGACCAGCCCAUCGUAGUCCGCAAGGACAAGCGCGGGACGCGGGAUUCACUCGUUGGCGAGUUGUUGUCGGUGUCCAACAUUCCCGUUCCUGAGGUACGGGCGCCUGAAGCCGAGGUCGAACCCGCCGCCAAGGUCGAAGAGGCUGUGGAGGAGGCGCUGCCGAGCCGCGCGGGCGACGUGUUCGAGCGUAAGGAGUCCCGCUUGCAUGCGUCGCGGACCGGCGCGUUCGAUGCCGGGCCAUCACGUACCUCGCCCCCUGCCGAUGCUUCUAGAGUGGCGGAGAAGAGGCUCUUUGCCGGGCUACGCUUCAGCCACACUAUCGAAAGCGCAGAAGUGCUCGAGAAGGCGAUCAGGAUGAGAGGCGGGGCAUGGGUGUCGGAGGCUGAGCGCUUGCGAGGCGCUGAAGUCGACUACGUGAUCAUCAGGUUGGGUUCGACUGCGCCCGCGCCUGCAGCGGACGGACCCCAGCCCGUGGUAGUCACCGAAUGCUGGGUCGAAGCGUGCAUCUACGAGAAGGCACUAUUGGCACCAGAACGGAACGUGAUUUUCCGGCCGCUGCCGUUCACGACUCCGCUGGAGGGCGCGGGCGCGAUCGUCGCGCACGUCUCCGGCUUUAAAACGGACCAGGCGGUGUAUCUACGGCGCAUGCUCAAGGCUGCGGGCAUAGAGGUCAGCAAGGCGCUGGCGCGGGGGAAGAUUACACACGUCGUCCUCGCUGCGCCCGAGGGGCGCAAGUUCGAGUCGGCACGGCAAUGGGGCCUCGCCAUCGUCAAGCCCUCGUGGGUGUGGACUAUGGCGCACGAGGGCCGGAUCGACCCCGUCGAGCAGCAUGUGUUCGGCCCUGACGCUGAGGCACCGCGCAACAUCUCGAAGACGGACUCGACGUCGAGCGAAGAACCGAUUCUUGCACGCACAGUAGCCUCCACUGACUCGAUACUCGGCCGCCAGCCCCCGCUGUCCGCGACGGAGCGCGUGCUGAACAACGCGACGCGCAGCCCGAGCCGCUCGCUGCCCGCCUCUCCCGGCAAGCCUGCGCCGCCACCGACGGUCGACGACGAUGUCACCGCGCAACUGCGGCGGCUGGCGGAAGCUAACGCGCCGCGCGCCGUCCUCCCGACGCGCCGCUCGCUCCCGUCGCGCCCGACGAUCUCGACCUCGUCCGGGCCCACAGCGUCGCCCGCCCCACCCAUCGAUCUAGAAGUACACCCGCUGCCGCGCGAAGACGAGUCGAUGCGCGUGACGUACGCGGACCCGGCGUCGGAGAAGGAGAAGCGCAAGCUCGUCGACCAGGUGCUGCGGGGCGCAGACGGCAAGCGGCGGCGUGUGUAGGACGGCAUGCAGUGUGGCGCCACUGGGGAUGACAAACUUUAAGCGCAUGCCCGCCGCUCAGCUCGAGCCGCUACGCGUCGCUGUCGGCACAAUUCGGCCCACUGCAACUGAGCAGCG